AUGCCCAAAAGGCUUCCCCGCCGCCGUUCCAGCUCACCCUCCGCAUCCCAAAUCAGUCUCCCCACCGUGCGCCGCCACCACCACCGCCACGGCGCCCGCCGGUGCACCCCUCCAUUGGCGACCAUCGCGCGCGCCACCGCCCUCCCCGCCGCUCGGCUCCUGCUGCGCGGGCGCACGGUUUCCUCUGCCUCCGCCGCGGCCCUGGCUAUCCUCCCCUUUCCCACCAGCUCCUCCUCCGACGACUCCGACGAGGCCAAGCCCCUCCCGCCUGCGCCCGCACCGGAUGGAGCCCCCUCUCCUCCGCAGCGUGAGAACCAGCCGUGGUGGCAGCGCGAGCGCGACUGCAACGUGGCCAUGAAGGCCCUGGCGCGCGCGGGCGACGUGGACCAGGUGGUCGCCCUCUUCGCCGACCUCAGGACCUCCGGCGCCGGUGCCGGCGCCGGAAAGGGCGAUGCCUCGCCGCCCAACGUGCUCUGCUACAACACGCUCGUCAACGCGCUCGCCGAAGCCGGCCGCCUGGAGGAGGCCCGCGUCGCGUUCGACGAAAUGCUCGCGGCGGGGGUGGCGCCCAACGCGUCCUCCCUCAACAUCCUCGUCAAGCUGCACUCCUGGCGGUCCGCGCGGUUCGACCUCGCGUACAGGGACAUCCUCCGGAUGCGCGACCUCGGGGUGGAGGCUGACGUCGGCACCUACUCCACGCUCGUCACGGGGCUGUGCCGGGCGGGGAGGGUCGGCGAGGCCUGGGGCGUGCUCGACUGGAUGCUGGAAGAGGGCUGCCGUCCCAUGGUGCAAACCUACACGCCCAUCGUGCAGGGGUAUUGCCGCGAGGGCCGCGUCGAGGAGGCCAAGGAGCUCAUGGCCACCAUGGAGCGUGCUGGCUGUCCUCCCAAUGUGGUCACCUACAACUUUCUCAUCAGGGCUCUGUGUGAUGCCGCCAGAUUUGAUGAAGUCAGGCAGGUUUUGACCGAGAGUAGAGCUAAGGAUUGGACGCCCAGCACUGUCACCUACAAUACGUUUAUGAAUGGUCUCUGCAAGAAAGGUAUGGCUAAGGAAGCACUUGACCUGUUGGAUGUUAUGCUAGGCGAAGGGCUGGAUCCCACUGAUUUUACUUUGAGUAUUCUUCUGAAUUGCCUUUGCCAUGACUCGAGGAUUUCAGAGGCCUUAUACCUGUUAGAGAGGAGUACAUCAUUGAGGUGGUAUGCUGGUGUUGUUGCGUACAACACUGUGAUGAGCAGGUUAUGUGGAGCGGGACAUUGGAUGGGUGUUCUGAAGCUCUUGACAGACAUGAUCAAGAAAGGUAUCAUGCCAAACACGAGGUCAUUCAACAUUUUUAUUCGCAGUCUUUUCUUCGGGCGACAGUUCCGCUUAGUCAAGAGCUUGAUCCGUAACCAAGGGUUUGCUGCAACUGCAAAUGUUGUCACGUACAAUACACUCAUUUAUGCGAUGCCUAGUGAGCUGAAUAACCUAAUGCACAGAAUGAAAGAGCAGAAUAUUGCUGCAGAUGAAGUCACCUACACUAUAAUGGUUGAUAGGUUGUGCAGAGCUGGACAAUUUGUUGCAGCCACUAAUCUUUUUCUAAAAUCGCUUGAGAUUGGGCUGUCGAGGGAUCUUUUUGCUGUCCUUACAAACAAGCUUGCGCACAAUGACAAGAUCUGGGAGAUGACUCGCAUAUUCCAGGGAAUGGAAAAAGAAGGUUUUAUCCCUGAUAGUUCUAUAUUUGAUAUCACAAUCAGAUCAUUCUGUAGGACUGGUCAUUGUCACGACAGAAAUUUUUUUAAGCUUAACUUUAUUCUGGAUACAAUGUUGGUGCCAAGUUUCAUGCACUAGCCAACGCAACCAGUCCAAACUGAUGGAAAAGGGCUAGACAAUCCACAUAUGACUGUGACAUGGAGAAGUCAAGAAGUGAAUAGAACAGUCUCAGAGGUAUGGCUCAAGAGGCCUAUACGUGGGCACAGAGAGGGGCAACAACAAUUUUUCAAUAGAUUGCGCAAGCAGAGACUCAAACUCGAGACCUUGGCUGUGAUACAAUGUCAAGUUUCAUGCACUAGCUAACACAACCAAAAGUCUGAAGUGAUGGAAAUGGCUAGACAAUCCACUUAUACUUGGGAAGGCGAGCUGAACCCUUGUGGAUCUAGGAAAGCCGCUGAUAAUUGAAGGAACGGAUUUCCUCCUGCCAACAGCCAUGACUUGCGUCGAUAUGGCUAACAAUACUGACACAUGUGGUGUACUGAUGUUUGACUUUUAUAGCAUUCCGUUCAUGGUACAAACAUGGCACAUGCCUUUUUGUGUAAACAUAUUCAACCCGGUCACUUGGGAGAUAUAAUCCAAUUGGUGAGUUCUGUGAAGAUAGCCUAACUUAGUUGACAACAUAGAAAUAUUUGGCAAUUGAUACUGUAGUGAAAAUAAUUAUAUCGAUUUGCAAACAUGACUAUAUUUACAUAUCUGGAAUCGCGCACUAAGCAAGGAUCAGCCAUGAAUGGUGUUGACAUGUUCCAUAUUUCAGGAAUGGAUUUCCUCUUUGAAUUAUAUCUCUCCUGCCAACAGCCAUUAAUGGUUUUGACAUGGCUAAAGAUACUCUGACACAUGUGAUGUUUUCUUUUCUAGCAUUCCGUACAUGGUACAAACAUGGCGCAUGCCUUUUUGUGUAAACAUAUUCAACCCAGUCACUCCGGCAGAUGAAAUCUAGCUGGCUAUUACUAGCUCAAAAGGAACAUUGUGAAUCAUUUGUGAUGGCAGGAUUCUUGUUAUCUGGUUCUUAGAAAUCAGAUGAACUGGGGUGAGGUGCUGUGGUUGCUAGUUACUAUAUCUACAAUAGGUACAGUACAUUUAGCACCAAGUGCUGGGAUUACUCUACCUUUAUAGAAGGCAAAGAGAAGUGACAGGUACAGAUUGCCGUGAAUUUGAUUUUCUUAGUCUUACCAAAUUUGUAUCAUGAGAUGUAGCUCGAAGACACUUUGUUGAAUUGGAUUUCUUGGUAUCAAAUUCAGUUUGCAGUGUUUUGAGUUGCUCUAAAUGAUUAACAACAGUUAGCAUUCAAUGUCGGACGAUGAUGUAAUUU